CUGAUUCGGCAUUGGAUAUUAUAGGACAUCAAGUGCCUAGACUAGGCACAUGUAGUAUCCCUAUUACUAAAGUGACUCAACUCAAAGAAUCUCAUAAAACCCUGCCUUGUCUAAUACUCAAUUUUUAUCGGAGUAAAUAUCUCAAGAUCACCUUAUGCCCAUCUUGCGCACCGGUCUCUCCACAGUCCGGCACUUCGUCCUCUCAUCAGCGUAUCCCAGGACUACUCUUACACAAUCACUUAGACGACUUAAUAUUAAUAACGGCUUCGAUACUAUAAGGAGAAGAGCCAUGUCGUCGGCCGUAGCGAAGCGCCUCGAGGGCAAGACCAUCGUGAUCACAGGAGCUUCGUCGGGAAUUGGUCGUAGCGUCGCAUUCGAGUUCGCGCGGACUGCGCCCAAGAACCUGAAGCUGGUGCUCACAGCGCGGCGUGUGGACACUUUGCGGCAGGUCGCGGAAGACAUCGUAAAGGAGGUCGGCGACGGCGUAAAGGUCUUGCCUGUGAAGCUCGACGUGAGCGUUCCCGAGGAAGUCCGUGGCUUCGUGGCGGGGUUGCCGGUGGAGUUCCGCGAUAUCGAUGUGUUGGUGAAUAAUGCUGGUCUCGUCAAAGGCGUAGCUCGCGCCCCAGAGAUCGCCGAGGCCGACAUCAACGUUAUGUUUGCGACCAAUGUGACCGGUCUGAUCAACAUGACCCAGGCCGUUCUACCCACCUACCUUGCGCGCCCUGAUGGUGGUCGCGGCGACAUUAUCAACAUUGGCAGUAUCGCCGGCCGCGAGCCGUACCCAGGCGGUGGUAUCUACUGUGCCACCAAGGCGGCUGUCCGUAGCUUCUCCGAGUCCCUGCGCAAAGAGCUCAUCUCCUCGCGGGUUCGCGUCCUUGAGAUCGACCCCGGUCAGGUUGAGACAGAGUUCUCCGUUGUCCGAUUCUACGGUGAUAAGUCCAAAGCUGAUGCUGUCUAUGCUGGUUAUGACCCUUUGACGCCUGAUGACAUUGCUGAAGUGGUUGUAUUUGUUGCUGGACGACGGGAAAACGUGGUGGUAGCUGAUACCCUCGUUUUCCCCAACCACCAAGCAGGUGCUGGUAUUAUGCACAAGAAAACAUAGGACUCUAUAUGAAAACACUGUAUUUUAUCUAGGUAGGCUUGGCAAACGAAGCAUCUCACGCCACAAUUUACAAUAGACUCCUUACCGUCUCCUAAUGGAAGACUACAAAAUUUUUACGUUAUUGUUUAAAGUCCUAUUGUUGUAAUCGGUUAGCAAAGAUCGGAAAUAGACCUUAAGCAUAGAUUGAAUA